AUGUGCUACGACCGCUAUGUGUCCAUCUGCAAACCCCUGCACUACGGGACCCUCCUGGGCAGCAGAGCUUGUGCCCACAUGGCAGCAGCUGCCUGGGCCAGUGCCUUUCUCAAUGCUUUGCUGCACACAGCCAAUACAUUUUCCCUGCCCCUGUGCCAUGGCAAUGUCCUGGGCCAGUUCUUCUGUGAAAUCCCUCAGAUCCUCAAACUCUCCUGCUCCAAAUCCUACCUUAGGGAAUUUGGGCUGCUUGCUGUUAGUGCCUGUUUAUCAUUUGGUUGUUUUGUGUUCAUUGUUUUCUCCUAUGUGCAGAUCUUCAGGGCUGUGCUGAGGAUCCCCUCUGAGCAGGGACGGCACAAAGCCUUUUCCACCUGCCUCCCUCACCUGGCCGUGGUCUCUCUUUUCUAUAGCACUGGCACAUUUGCCUACCUGAAGCCCCCCUCCAUCUCCUCCCCAUCCCUGGAUCUGGCCCUGUUAGUUCUGUACUCAGUGGUGCCUCCAGCCCUGAACCCCCUCAUCUAC